AUCUGCUAAGCAAUAUCAGAGGAGGAAGUACGGUGCGGGUGAGCUUGUUGUGAAGGUUGAAACAGUCAAAGUAAGCUAGCAGAGUAAAGAUAAUGAGACCGUAGGGGCUUACCAGCCUCACCGCCACAGGAUCAGUUAUGGCUGGUUUCUCCAGUUAUGCGGUGCGCAUGGCAAGACUGAGCUCCAGAAUCUUUGGAGAGGUUGUCCGCCCCACAGACUCUAAAUCAAUGAAGGUGGUCCAGCUGUUCCAAGAGCCUCCACUGGCCAAGAGGAAGGAGGUGUAUGAAUGGUAUCCUCAUCACAAGGUUUACUAUGCCAUGACCCAGAAGCUCCGGUUCAUGGGUCUGUUCAGAGAUGAGCAUGAGGACUUCAAAGAGGAGAUGCGCCGCCUGAGGAACCUUCGAGGAAAAGGAACCCCUAAGAAAGGAGAAGGAAAGAGGGCGAGCAAAAAAAAAUAAAGUGCAUCUUUUUUACUUCUGCAGGAAGGAGGCUUUUGCUCCAAUUGAUCAUGUAAUCUUGAUCAACAUUGAUUGAUCAUUUUUCAAAAUAAACAUUUUAAAUUGCUCA